AUGAGACCGAAGUGUAGUGCUAUAUGGACGUACUUCAAUGAAGUAGACGAUCAGACUGUGCGUUGUAACUUGUGCAAUCAAACAUAUUCAAGAAAAGGGCGCGGGACUUCUGGGCUACGGAGUCAUCUCCAGUCACGUCAUAAAACGGAAUAUACGGAGUAUGAAAAAUGCGAUGCGGCUUCGAAAAAGGCUGAAGUGGAAAAGAAACGUAAGUGCACAGAAGAAACUUCUCUUCAGUUGGUCAAGAGGCAAGUUACUUUACAAGAGUCAUUAAUGAAACACCAGUGCUGGGAUUCAUCACAUGAAAAAAGUCGUGAGCUAGAUAAAUUAAUCUGCGAAAUGAUUGCAUUGCAAGAUUUGCCUUUCAAUUUCAUUGAAGGUAUUGGUUUUAGACGUUUUGUCCAAGCCGCACAGCCUAAAUAUGAUCUAAAAAAACGUCAGUAUUAUACUUCGCAUUUGUGUAAUUACGUUUAUCCUAAACUUUAUGAAAAGAUUAAAAACUUGAUAAAAGAUUUGGAAUACGUGUCUUUCACUACUGACAUAUGGACAGAGCCUGGAGCUGGUGUUUCUCUGCUUAGUUUUACGGUCCACGGCAUUAAUGAUGAUUUCAAAAGAGUGUCUUUAGUUCUUAAAUGUGUCACUCUCGAAGAACGACACACGGGCGAUCUGGUAGCUCAAAAACUCGACGAAAUACUAGAGGAAUGGGACAUUCCUCGGCAAAAGCUACAUGCAAUGGUCCGUGACGGUGGAUCUAAUAUGAAACGAGCUGCCCGUAUCUCACAAAUCGACGAUAUAGAUUGCACCUUACAUCAAUUACAAUUGUGUGUACGUUCAGCUUUGGCGUCUAAUGAACAUUUCUCAACGCUGUUGGCUAAAUGUAAGCAGAUUGCGACGCACUUCAAUCACUCUAUAACUGGACAAAAGGAAUUGAACGACUUUCAAGAACGCCUAGGUUUACCUCAGCUGUCAGUUAUCCAAGAAUGUGCUACUCGGUGGAACAGCAUGUUUUAUAUGAUUGAGCGACUUAUUAAGAUAAAGGAUGCUAUCAUAUUAUAUACAUCGCAACACCCAAAUUUGCCGCAACUUGUACCAAGUGAUUGGGUAAAACUUGAAACCUGUACGAGGAUUCUGAAACCCUUUGAAGAGGUAACUAAAUCUUUGAGCAGCACUGAGGCAUGUAUAUCCUCUGUUAUACCACUGAUUCAUGUCUUAGUAUGUGCAAUGCAAAAUUUUUUGAGAGAAGAUAACAUUGGUAAUGACCAAGAUUGCAAAAAUGUCAUCCAAAAACUGAUAGAAGAGAUUAACAACCGCUUCGGUGAGCUUCAUAAUAAUAAUCUCUACGCCAUCUCUACAUAUUUGGAUCCAAAAUACAAAACGAAAUUUUUUUAUGAAAUAACUAAAGAACGUAUUGAAUUAGCGCUACUAACAGUACUAACAUCAACCAGCCAACGCCCAAUAGACAAUGUCGUCAUGGAUGUCCACAAUCAACCAUCCACUAGUUCUGGGGCUGUAGUAGACAGUGUAGACACAUCCUGCCCCACAGCCAGCACUUCCACGGGAAAAAUUGUAGAUUCAAUGUUAGCCGAAAUGUUAGCCUCUGAGCUAAAUAGUGACGAUGAAAUUGAAAGUUUACCAAUAGAAGAUAGAUCCGUGGUACUGAAGUUACUAUUAAAUAACUACAUUAGAGAAAAACGAAUUAAUAUGCAUGAAGACAGUCUUCUAUGGUGGAAAAAUAAUCCGAAAUAUUCGGAGGUUUACGGAGCUGUACGGCAAUACCUAUCUUCUCCUCCAUCAAGUGUCCCAAGCGAACGACUUUUUAGCAAUGCUGGAUUGGUAUAUGAUGAGCUAAGAAACCGGUUGUCAGGGGAAACAGCGUCCAAAUUAAUUUUUAUAAAAAUUAACCUCCCUAUAAUUAAGUUUGAUUAUUAG